UUUUACUUCAUGCCUUUGACAUGCAUUUUGGUCUAACCACCUCUCCAUUUCCUCUGAAAUCUUCACUCUGCCUAAUCAAGUGGAAAGUUUCACCGUCACAGAAGUUGUUCAGUCAUUGCAUAACCACAAAAACCCAGACUUUUCUGGGUUUUGACAGAAGCUCUGACAGAUUUUUUUUCAUGUUUGGGUUUCAAUAAAGGCAGCACUGCAGCCCGCCGUUUGUUCAAACGAUCCAGAGCGUCUCUAUCGUCACUCACAGACGAACAUCUGGUCAUCAUGAAGGCUGUUAACAUCCUCCUGCUCUGCGUCCUGGGAGCAGCUCUGCUGUCCUCGGUCCUCUGCAACAGUGGAAGUACUCCGGUCGACUGCUGCUUUAAUUUCUUCAAAAACCAAAUGAACAAAAGUCUCUUCUCUUCAUAUUACAAGACUGAUAACCGCUGUUCACUGAGUGGAAUCGUUUUAAUAACAAAAAAAGGACGCCCCAUCUGUGCGGAUGCAAAGCAGCCCUGGGUGAAGAAGAUUACUGACUUUCUGGAGAAAAAGUCCCGUUAAAGGAUCUGCCUGUCCUGCUUCAUCAGAUCACAUGAAGCCCAAUGUAACACGUGUGGCAGAGUGAUUAUGAUUUUGGCAUUAGAUUUUGGUUCAAGUAAUCAUCGUUUAUGCUAAAAUUUAUUUUGAAAGCUUUGUACGACACCUGCUAUCCUACAGAAUUGACUGAAUUGGUGUUUUUGAUUGUUGUUUUUUCCCCUUUUUUUGUUUUUCUAUUCUAUUUUUCUCUAGUCAAACACAAUGCUUGUGUUGUUGGGUGCUUUCUUUUACUUGAUUUUAUUCUAAAAUAAAUGUAACUUUU